AGCAAAGAGGAAGUAGAAGCCCAACUCAAACAGGCAGAUAAAGAGAGAUCAAAGAGAUGAGGGUGAGAUACAGUCCCCUCGUACCCAAGGAGACGGGGAGGUUACAGACUGGAAAAAUUGAGAAUAAUCACCUCUGAUAAAGACCACAGAAGUUGCCUGGGAGGUGUUUGGUACGCUUGGAGUUAGUUACAUUUGUCGGGUGCAUGGGCAGAAGUCAGAUUUCAUAGCACUGAGGACGCAGCACAAGGAGAAGUUCAAGAUCAAUUCCUAAGGCAACUUGGCACUAAAAAACAUGAAGUAUGUUCUGAAGGCUUUACCCUGGGGAUACGGGAACGGAGGCGAUAACAGCAGAAGUGGCAGCCACUGGCAAUCCUUUCUUUCCAUGGUUUGGCUUAUACUCCAAAGCCACUUAUUAGUGCAUUCUGCAAAAAGUUUCUUAUCCUUUUUGGAAUAAAGCUUGGAUCCUAAGCUCCAUUCACACCUGCGUGAUAAUGAACCAGCUAGCACUGUACUCAGGAAGCGUGCAAAGUUCUGAAUCUUAUAACAGAAAGUGAAAGCAAAAAUAAAUUCUCCUUCAGUCAAAUCUGCAGCAGCAUGACUUAAGAUUAAAUUCAUGUAUUGAAAAUAUUGUCCAGACCCCGUGUGACAGAACAGGAGCCAGUGCAGUGCUAUGAAGAACUACGAGAUUAGCCUGGAACUUGUCUUCUAGAGAAUAGAUUUCAUGUUCCAUUCUUCUGCAAUUCACACAGAAAACCAAUGUUUAAUAUUCACACAGGAUUUUACUGCUUAGCAGCCAUCUUGCUCCAAAUAUGCGUUUGUUCUCAAUUCUCAGUGCCAUCUAGUCAUUACUUCACUGAGGAUCCUGGGGCUUUCCCAGUAGCCUCCAAUGGGGAACCAUUUCCUUGGCAGGAGCUAAGACUCCCCAACGUGGUCAUUCCCCUCCAUUAUGACCUCUUUGUCCACCCCAAUCUCACCUCUCUGGACUUUGUUGCAUCUGAGAAGAUCGAGGUCUUGGUCAGCAAUGCUACCCAGUUUAUCAUCUUGCACAGCAAAGAUCUUGAAAUCACAAAUGCCACUCUUCAGUCAGAGGAAGAUUCAAGAUACAUGAAAUCAGGAAAAGAGCUAAAAGUUUUGAGUUAUCCUGCUCAUCAACAAAUUGCACUGCUGGUUCCAGAGAAACUUACGCCUCACCUGAAAUACUAUGUGGCUAUUGACUUCCAAGCCAAGUUAGCUGAUGGCUUUGAAGGGUUUUAUAAAAGCACAUACAGAACUCUUGGUGGUGAAACAAGAAUACUUGCAGUAACAGAUUUUGAGCCAACCCAGGCACGCAUGGCUUUCCCUUGCUUUGAUGAACCGUUGUUCAAAGCCAACUUUUCAAUCAAGAUACGAAGAGAGAGCAGGCAUACUGCACUAUCCAACAUGCCAAAGGUUAAGACAAUUGAACUUGAAGGAGGUCUUUUGGAAGAUCACUUUGAAACUACUGUAAAAAUGAGUACAUACCUUGUAGCCUACAUUGUUUGUGAUUUCCACUCUGUGAGUGGCAUCACCUCAUCAGGAGUCAAGGUGUCCAUCUAUGCAUCCCCAGACAAACGGAAUCAAACACAUUAUGCUUUGCAGGCGUCACUGAAGCUACUUGAUUUUUAUGAAAAGUACUUUGAUAUCAACUAUCCACUCCCCAAACUGGAUUUGAUUGCUAUUCCUGACUUUACAUCUGGAGCCAUGGAAAAUUGGGGCCUCAUUACAUAUAGGGAGACGUCACUGCUUUUUGACCCCAAGACCUCUUCUGCUUCUGAUAAACUGUGGGUCACCAAAGUCAUAGCCCAUGAACUGGCACACCAGUGGUUUGGCAACCUGGUCACCAUGGAAUGGUGGAAUGAUAUUUGGCUUAAUGAAGGUUUUGCAAAUUACAUGGAACUUAUUGCUGUUAAUGCUACAUAUCCAGAGCUGCAAUUUGAUGACCAUUUUUUGAAUGUGUGUUUUGAAGUAAUUACAAAAGAUUCAUUGAAUUCAUCCCGCCCUAUCUCCAAACCAGCAGAAACUCCGACUCAAAUACAGGAAAUGUUUGAUGAAGUUUCCUAUAACAAGGGAGCUUGUAUUUUGAAUAUGCUCAAGGAUUUUCUGGGUGAGGAGAAAUUCCAGAAAGGAAUAAUUCAGUACUUAAAGAAGUUCAGCUAUAGAAAUGCUAAGAAUGAUGAUUUGUGGAGCAGUCUGUCAAAUAGUUGUUUAGAAAGUGAUUUUACAUCUGGUGGAGUUUGUCAUUCGGAUCCCAAGAUGACAAGUAACAUGCUCACCUUUCUGGGGGAAAAUGCAGAGGUCAAAGAGAUGAUGACUACGUGGACUCUCCAGAAAGGAAUCCCCCUGCUGGUGGUUAAACAAGACGGACAUUCACUCCGACUGCAACAGGAGCGCUUCCUCCAGGGGGUUUUCCAGGAGGACCCUGAAUGGAGGGCCCUGCAGGAGAGGUACCUGUGGCAUAUCCCGUUGACCUACUCCACAAGUUCCUCUAAUGUGAUCCACAGACACAUUCUAAAAUCAAAGACAGAUACUCUGGAUUUACCUGAAAAGACCAGUUGGGUGAAAUUUAAUGUGGACUCAAAUGGUUACUACAUUGUUCACUAUGAGGGUCAUGGAUGGGACCAACUCAUCACACAGCUGAAUCAGAACCACACACUUCUCAGACCUAAGGACAGAAUAGGUCUGAUUCAUGAUGUGUUUCAGCUAGUUGGUGCAGGGAGACUGACCCUAGACAAAGCUCUUGACAUGACUCACUACCUCCAACAUGAAACAAGCAGCCCCGCACUUCUCAAAGGUCUGAGUUACUUGGAAUUGUUUUACCACAUGAUGGACAGAAGGAAUAUUUCAGAUAUCUCUGAAAACCUCAAGCGUUACCUUCUUCAGUAUUUUAAGCCAGUGAUUGACAGGCAAAGCUGGAGUGACGAGGGCUCAGUCUGGGACAGGAUGCUCCGCUCGGCUCUCUUGAAGCUGGCCUGUGACCUGAACCAUGCUCCUUGCAUCCAGAAAGCUGCUGAACUCUUCUCUCAGUGGAUGGAAUCCAGUGGAAAAUUAAAUAUACCAACAGAUGUUUUAAAGAUUGUGUAUUCUGUGGGUGCUCAGACGACAACAGGAUGGAAUUACCUUUUAGAGCUAUAUGAACUGUCAAUGUCAAGUGCUGAAAAAAACAAAAUUCUGUAUGCUUUGUCAACGAGCAAGCAUCAGGAAAAGUUACAGAAGUUACUUGAACUAGGAAUGGAGGGAAAGGUUAUCAAGACACAGGACUUGGCAGCUCUCCUUCAUGCAAUUGCCAGACGUCCAAAGGGGCAGCAACUAGCGUGGGAUUUUGUAAGAGAAAAUUGGACCCAUCUUCUGAAAAAAUUUGACUUGGGCUCAUUUGCCAUAAGAAUCAUCAUCUCUGGCACAACAUCUCACUUUUCUUCCAAGGAUAAGUUGCAAGAGGUGAAACUAUUUUUUGAAUCUCUUGAGGCUCAAGGAUCACAUCUGGAUAUUUUUCAAAUUGUUCUGGAAACGAUAACCAAAAAUAUAAAAUGGCUGGAGAAGAAUCUUCCCACUCUGAGGAUGUGGCUACUGGUUAAUACUUAAAUGGUCAAUAGAAAAAUAGGCCGGGGGCGGUGGCUCACGCCUGUAAUCCCAGCACUUUGGGAGACCCAGGCGGGCGGAUCACGCCGUCAGGAGAUGGAGACCAUCCUGGCUAAUAUGGUGAAACCCCAUCUCUACUAAAAAUACAAAAAAUUAGCCGGGCGUGGUGGCGGGCGCCUGUAGUCCCAGCUACUUGGGAGGCUGAGGCAGAAGAAUGGCGUGAACCCAGGAGGCGGAGCUUGCAGUGAGUCGAGAUUGCACCACUGCACUCCAGCCUGGGCGACUGAGCGAGACUCUGUCUCAACAAAAAAAAAAAAAAGAAAAAGAAAAAGAAAAGAAAAGAAAAAGUACAUCAGACAUGACUACCUGCAUGAAGUUACACAGGGUAACACCAGCAAAGCUCAAGUCGAGAGCUCUGGAUAUUUUGUCUAACCAACAAGAAGUUUCAAGAAAUCAGACAGUGCAGUUGCCUGCUUUCAGCUAUCAUAUCCAGCCAAAAGAUACAUGAUGAUGGAGUGGUGGUGGAAGGCCAGUUCAGUAUCCUAUUUAAAAGUAAACUUCCCGAAUAAUGGAUAUAUGUGGAGAUACAGACGUAGAUAUAUAGAUAUAGCUGUAAGUAUUUAGCCUCAAGCGACUUUCUUCAUUGCUUCACGCUAUGCCACUAUUUAGCUUCUUCAAUUUUUUUUAACCUUGCUUUUUUAACCUUGUAUUCUAUAGUUUGCCCAACCAGUUUUACGUCCAAGAAAAAUUAGCCAAUGCAUAAAAGAUACAAACUAUGAAAGGCAAGGAUCAGGAAACCAGAGACUUUGUCACCACAUCUCCGAUUAUCAGAAACUAGAUGUCAGGGUUUAUCAAGAAGGCUAGGAAGGCCUUUUGGGUUAAGUCUUACAUUCAUGAAGAAUCUCAAGGGUAGAUUUUUGAGACCAUUCCAAAUAAAUGGUCUCUGGUCAAAUGAAUGAAUCUGCCUUACAGAGAUACAAGCGGGAAAGGAAUAUAAUUCAUACCAUUUGGUUUAAGUCUUACAUUCAUGAAGAACCUCAAGGGUAGAUUUUUGAGACCAUUCCAAAUGAAUGGUCUCUGGUCAAAUGAAUGAACGGUCAAAUGAAUGAAUCUGCCCUCACAGAGAUACAAGAGGAAAAGGAAUAUAAUUCACACCAUUUGGUUUAAGCCUUACAUUCAUGAAGAAUCUCAAGGGUAGAUUUUUGAGAUCAUUCCAAAUGAAGUCGACUCUGCCCUCACAGAGGUACAAGAGAGAAAGGAAUAUAAUUCAUACACCAUUGCAUUUUUAAUAAAUCUUUUGAAAUUUGCAGAAUUAGAUUGCAUUGUAUAUUUUGGGUUAAAUCAUAAUUUGAAUGUAAAUAUUUAAAUGCAUCACCAUAUUUUAUAACUCAGCUUAGCAUUUCUUCAUAUUUUAAGGAAACUCCCCACCUCCUUCUUUUAAGGGCACCUCUUGCUCUCUGAAAUGCCCUGCUAAAUGCUUCCCUUAAUUAUUUGAAUAAGGUAGUUUGGAAUAAAGAAAGAAAAGAUCACUCUACAUACAGAUAGUAAACUUAAUUUGUGAUCCUAUAUAUGAGACAGUAUGAAAAUACAGAUAAGUUUUAGAAAGACUCAAAACAAUACGUAAAUGACUGAUGUUUGCAUGAUUAAGGAAAACUGGGGAUGUUGGGUCAAGAGGGGAAAGUGUUAUUCAAUCCACUUUGGAGCAAUAUCAUGAAGGUCAAUUAUAAUUCCAUAUACCUUUCUUUGAUGCCACAGUCAGACAUAGCAUACAGUUUGGGUGGCCAUGGACGUGCCCCAAUACAUUACACAUUUUUUUGUUAAAUUUGUUUUCAGAUCAUUUCAUGGAAACUGUGACGUAUCUUUGACUCUAACUUUGACUUGGUGGUGGACUUACCUUGGUUUUUAUAACACCUAAGUGAUAUCCUUUAGAAUUACAUGUAUUUUAGCUUAAGGAAAUUGAAAAAGUAAAACAUACUGGUUUUUUCAACAAGACCAUAUGUAAAUUAAAUAGUAAAAUGUGUAUGAGUUUCAGUAGAACUGCACCAUCAACAAUGUUUCCAUAAAUAUGCAGAGUUCUUUCUUUUGUUUUGUUAUUUACAAUAUUGUUAUAUUGAAUGCAUUUGCAAUUUCUAGGAUUCUAAAGAAUUGAGUACUGAAAGUAGCAAUUUUAUUAUUUGAUGAUAAUAUGAGAAUUACUGUGCCAAUACUGUUUUGAUGAAUAAAUAGACUUUUAAAAAUAAA